AUGUCAGCAGCCAGGGUACCGUCUCGUUUCUCUACUCCUGGGAUUUUCAGCACUUUCAAGUUGGACUGCAAGGCUGCCGCACUCGAGUUCGUCGGGACAACGUUCUUUCUACUUCUAGGGCUCGGCGGUAUCCAGGCGGCCAAUAGCGAGGCUGAGUCCAGUGGCACGACCAUCGAACAUGUGAUGUACAUCGCCACAUCCAUGGGUUUCAGCCUCCUGGUCUCCGCUUGGUUGUUCUACAGGAUCACCGGUGGCCUCUUCAACCCCAACAUCACACUCGCACUGUUUCUCGUGGGCGUGAUGAAUCCUGUAAGAUUUGUGUUGUUCUGUAUCGCACAGCUGGUCGGAAGCAUCGCUGCGUCGGCGUUGUUGCUUGCGCUAACCCCUGGACCGCUGGCUGUCAACACGUUCCUCCAAAAGGGAGUCAAUUCAGCACAGGGCGUCUUCAUCGAAAUGUUUCUCACGGCAGCACUGGUGUUGGCCGUUCUGAUGCUCGCCGCUGAAAAAUCCCAGGUUACUCCAUUUGCACCGAUUGGUAUUGGCCUGACAUUGUUCGUUGGACAAUUAUGGGCUGUCUUUUACACGGGCGCGGCUAUGAAUACGGCACGUGCAUUCGGACCUGCUGUUGUCACCGGUACUGGGUCGGAUCCUUUCCUCGGCUCUCUGCUGGCAUCUGUUUUCUAUGCCAUGCUGAAAUGGAUGCACUAUCAAGAUUUGAAUCCUGCACAGGCAUCCACGCAUGAGAAGGACUCGCCGGAUCCGCUUGCCGUAGCACCGAGUGGUACAGAGAAGCCUUUAUCUGAUAGAAACGGUGCAGGAAAUGAGGGAAGCGGGUCGAGUGAAGUGUAG